UUGACUUUCUUCUGUGUGCAAAAACGGUAUGUAUUUACCCCGAUGAUUGGUCUUAAUUUUCAGAGAACUUUCUCCAAUUUCCACUCCAUACAUUUCCAGUUUCCUCACCAUUGUCUGAACAAAAAAACAACAUUUUUAAAGAUUAUACCGAUAAACUGUAGAUUAAUGGCUGCUGAGGCUGCUGCUGAUGCUUCGGCGAAGAAGCUUAUAAGAAUUGAUAUCAGUUCAGACACUGUUUGUCCAUGGUGCUUUGUAGGCAAAAGAAAUUUAGACAAAGCUAUUUCUGCAUCAAAAGAUCAGUUUGAUUUUGAGAUCAGGUGGCACCCUUUCUUCCUCAAUCCUUCUGCCCCAAAAGAGGGUGUGAACAAGAGGGAUUUUUACAGACAGAAGUUUGGUGCGCGAUCUGAACAGAUAAUAGCGCGAAUGACAGAUGUAUUCAGAGGACUCGGUUUGGAAUACAACAUUGAUGGGCUUACGGGGAACACUUUGGAUAGUCACAGGCUUAUAUAUUAUGCUGGCCAGCAAGGGCUCGACAAGCAACAUGAUCUUGUUGAGGAACUAUUCUUGGGCUACUUCACGAGGGCAAAGUACAUAGGAGAUCGGGAAUUCCUGUUGGAGUCUGCUAAAAAGGUUGAAAUAGAAGGUGCUGCUGAGUUUCUAGAGGACCCAAAUAAUGGUGUCAAGGAGGUGAUGGAAGAGCUUGAGAAAUACUCUGCAGGUAUAAGUGGUGUCCCGUACUUCGUGAUCAACAACGAUCAAAAAUUGAGUGGUGGACAACCACCUGAGGUUUUCCAAAGAGCUUUCAAACUCGCAGCAAAGUAACUGUUCUAGUUCUAUGUACUGUUUAAGGCUGCUACUCUGCUACUAUUUGCUUGGAAAUAGUUUUCUCAAAAAAGAGGGUAAAUAUUUAAUAAAAGUGUGAAAUUGUGAAUUGUGUUCUAUGUAAUUAAGGUUGUACUUCUAUAUGUUUGGAGUAGUUCAUUUUAAUGUCUCUGUGUUGGUGUUUUGAGUAGCAAUCGACCUAUCGUAAUGUAUAUAUACAUGAGAUAUGAAUGCAUUAUUGCUUUAAUAUAUUGUUUA